GUAGGUACGAGUGGCAACCACGCGCCCAGCACACUCCCAUUGAAGGAUCGAGAGUCGGAGCGCAGUGAGCUUUAACAGAUCAGAAGCUUCUUCUUCUUCUUCUUCGAGCUUAACCGGGGGAAGAGAGAGAGGCAGAGGGAGAGAGAGAGGGAGAAUGCACGAUUUCUGCUUCACGAUCCCGUACGGGAUCCUCCUGGUGGUCGGAGGGAUCAUGGGCUACCUGAAGAAGCGGAGCGUGGCCUCGCUCGGUGGCGGCGCUGGCGCCGGGUUGCUGCUCAUCCUCGCCGGCUACCUCAGCCUCAAAGCCUACGAGAAGCGGAAGAACUCCUACUUUGCUCUGAUCCUCGAGACUGUUAUUGCUGCGGUGCUUACAUUUGUCAUGGGACAGCGCUAUAUGCAGACUAAUAAGAUCAUGCCAGCGGCUGUUGUUGCAGGAUUAAGUGCUAUCAUGACUGGGUUCUAUGUUUACAAAAUUGCGACCGGUGGCAACCAUUUCCCAGCCAAGGCGGAGUAGAUGCAGCAGUAAAAUAUUACUAACGCAAGUCCCACCCUGGAAAUAUAUAUGUCCGAAUCUAAGUUUUUUAACUUUUUCAAGGUAUUAGCUGCAUCACAAUCAAGGGUUAUAUGAGAGUGAGACAUACUUUGACAUGGGCACAGAUUUCUCAUCAUCUCUGUAUUGUAUGAGUCUCGGACUCUUUUUGCAGUCGAUUUCUACCGUUCUAUUGUGACGCACAAGAAAUUUUGCAAUUUACUGUUGCUGUCAUUUUCCAA